AUGAAUGGAAAACGUGUUGUAACUGUAUUGAGAAUAUCAAAAUUCUGUGUCUCACAUCGUUUGUCGUAUUUCAGAAAGAAGUCGAAGAAGCUGAAAUUUCCGGUAAUCUCGAUGCUCCAGAAGGAGGAUUCGACGCUGUCGUUCAAGCGCUUACCUGUAAUUAUCGGAUGGCGUGAACGAGCACGUAAGAUGAUCGUCUUCUCAACAGAUGCUGGUUUUCAUUUCGCUGGUGAUGGAAGGGUAUGUUAA